AAUUGAGCUGCAUUGAUCAGUAGAUUCAGUACACACAAAUAAAUUUGAAAAAAAUUAAAAAGUGAAAAAAAAAAAAUGGUUUCAGAAAUGUCAAGUUCGAAUCCUACCGAUGGAGGUGCAGCUGCCAAUCUGCCACGCACAUUCAAGUAUUUGUUAGCUACGCAGUUUCUGUCAAGGGGAAUCCCUUUCAUUUUCAAUUCAUGGAUUGUCAGACACCUCUCUGAAGAAGAUUAUGCGGUAAUUGCUUCUUUCACAGCUCAAUUUUUUAUGUUUUUCACGUAUUGGGAAGGCACUGGAAGGAUUCCGGAGAGCGUGCAUGAGGGCAGAUUUCAGGUGGGAAGCGUGAAUGCUUCAAAUAUGGUGUUAUUAUCUUCAAUACGUGCUAAGAAGCUGAUGAGACUUGGGUUCUUCAUAAAAAUUCUCGUCCAGAUUGAGAUUUCUGCAUCUUGUAGUCAUAAUGGUUCAGCUACAGAAGCAAAUGCUGCUAAACUGUUGAAAGUGGCCUGGAUGACUUCCCCGUUAGGGAUACUGGUGACAUUUGCAGCAUGUUUGUUUGUAUUCUGGUGGCAAGGCCUAAGUUACUCUAGUCCAUAUGCAAAAGCUAUCUUGAUUAAUGGUUUUGCAUGCAUAAUUGAGCUGCUGGCAGAGCCUCUUUAUAUUUUGUCCCAGAACUUGGUUCUGCUCAGAUUGCGUCUUAUUGUUGAAGCUGCAGCCACUCUUUUCCGCUGUAUUGUAACUUAUGUCCUCAUCUUGAAGCAACCGAGCCUGGAGAAAGCAAUUGUAUUUUCCUUAUCACAGGUUGCGUAUGGAGCAUCCAUUUUCUUAGGUUAUUGGGGCUACUUUCUUUUAUUUCGAGUUUAUAGAACAACCGUUCUGUUUCCAUUAAGGAUAGGGAACAAAACAGGGUAUGACACGCUUGCAAACAUGUGUAUGAUUUUCACACUUCAAUCCUUCCGAAAGUUGAUUCUUCAGGAAGGUGAAAAGAUGGUCCUUGUAUGGCUGGAUACACCAUAUAACCAAGCAGUCUAUGGGCUCGUGGACAAAUUAGGGAGCUUGGUUGUGAGGAUGGUUUUUCUUCCUUUUGAAGAAAGUUCCUAUGCUACUUUUGCAAGGUCUGCAUCAGGUGAUUACAAAGAGAAAAAGAGGAACCUGGCAAGGAGUCUGACUGAUGCGCUGAAGCUUGUUUUGCUGAUAGGUCUGGUUGUGAUCGCAUUUGGUCCAAGCUACUCUUAUUCUCUCAUCAGGUUGCUAUAUGGUAGGAAAUGGAGUGAUGGAGAAGCUUCGACUGCACUCCAGUGUUAUUGCCUUUAUGUGAUUGUGUUAGCCAUGAAUGACAUGAUCUUCAGGAUAAUUUAUUCAGCAAUUUUCAUCAGAAAAUAUUUCAAGUCCUCUCAGGACUACUCGUUUUCCUUUAGAGCUUGCUGGCCCAGUGGCUCCCUACUUCUGCUGAUCUCAGGUGUAGGCACUUUCAUCCUCGAAAGAGUAUAUCUUAACAAAGAUAACUUCUGGUCAACCUUUACAGUCCACUUGUCCUUCGGGCUGGCAUGUUUCAGUGUAGCAGCUUUUGUGAUAUAUCAGAAAGAGAAGCCAUUUAUUAAAAAAAUCAUACAUUUCCGUGAACAUGCUGAUUGAAGCUAACUGAUGACAGAAGAAUUAUUAUUGAAGAGAAGACUGGAUUGAUUAUUAGACAUCUGAUGAAGCAGUAUACUUGAUAGUCUCGUUAUUUUCUGUAAAAUCAGUGAAAUUUUGUGGAUAUUGUUUGGAACAUGUCUAAUAUGUGUCACAAUCAAAUGGAACCAGCCUUCCAUGGUUGAUUUUUUUGAUUCUGUGUAUGUUCCCGAUUUUCGGGACAAAAGAAAUAGAAAAUAUUGUGAACGCCCAAACAAUUGAAGCCCUCUUUUUCCUCGACACAUAGACGCCUCUUUCUUUCAUGUUUUGUUUCUCCGUGUUGUUUUCUCCUCCUCUCAACUUUUUUUAGUUGGCCUUUAAAUUUGGGAUAUUAUUUAUAUAUACUGUUGACUUUUAAAGAUUUAUAAUAAAGAACGAUAUGUUAAAAUUAUGAAUUGAAUAAUUCAAAGAAAAAUUAAUUAUAUCUUAUUUUUAUGUAUAUGUAUAAACCAACAAGUAUCGAGAUUUUAAAAUUUUAAAUUAAUUAUUUUAGUCGAGAUUUUAAAAUUUUAAAGUAAUUAUUUUAUCAAUAUCACAUAGCAUAGCAGAUUAUAUAAAAGCAGAGAGAAAAUUCGGUAGAUUAUGAUUAAAAUUAGGUAAAACUAGAAGCCAAUAAGAUAAAAUACAAAAAACAACGAAAACUAGGGCUUUUGUAAAACAUAACAUUGUUAUACGAUUUCGUCAUACCGUCAAAGCAAGACAAAGGUAGGGGCAAAAUUUAUGUAAACUAAGCUAGUUUGGAAAAUCUCACAAUUGGACUGGGAAGAAAGUCACCAGGCUACUCUUUCCUUUAAACAAUGGUGGUUGCAGAUUUGUACACUUGACAAGACAGAAAUUUCUGAAGCCAGGACUCAACUAUCAACAUACAUAUUAUGGUGGUUGUGGAGGUCUAAGUAUCUAUGGCUAUUUGAAAGAGUGUGGAUUUCUAAAUUGAUGGUGGCUAAAGGUGCUAAGAAAGAAUGGCAGGAGUUAUCCUCUGUAUCUGGUUUGCUGUAAUGUCCUUUGUUUUUGUCUGUUUUAGUUAUUUUUGUUAUUGGAGUGGGCGUUUGUUUUCAGGGGUUUGGGUUUUCUAUCCUCAUUGGUUUGUUAGCUUCUCUGUAGGGCUGCUGGUGUUUCAGUGAUUUGUGUGAGUUUGCUGUUGGAGGUUGUUACCGGCUAAAGGCUUCAGGGUGUUAGACCUUACUUUAGUUGUGUAGUUGGUUUGUGUCUAGACCACUGUUCAAGUGAGUCUCUCAGUGUGUUUGUUCCCUUGUGGGAUUGUAUCGGGCUUGUAAACUCUUGCUUUUCGUUCAUUGGAGAUUUCUAUUGUUUGGGAAAAAAAUAACGGUAAAUCGACUACACGUGAAAAUCGGUUUUAACUGUCUGAAUAAUUUUUUUU